UUGUCGGUAAAACAUAUCUCGUUGAUCAAACAGGUAAAGAUUUUUUACUAUUUACUUUAUCGAUAUAAUCGUUACACUCUCAAACAUUCCCAUAACCCUAUAUUUUUAGAAAAUUUAACAAAUGCCUUACAAAAAAUAGAUAAGAAUUUGAUAAGAUAAGUCUUAUCAAAUUGAUAAUCGAGUUGAUAUUAAAUUUGGCAUAUAUAAUUAAGAAAUUUUAAGAAAUUUCAGUAGAUAAUCGAUAUCUAACAUUGUCAGUUAGUUAUUUUAACAUUUCGACACAUUCCGUCUCAUUGCUGUGAAUUUAUUAUAAAAGUACAAUUGUUUAUUAAUUAAUUAAUUAAUUAAAUUUAUUUACGAGAAAGAAAAUCGUCUAGUACAACAGUUAACAAGAUCUGACAUCACUAUUAUAUAGUUCAAUUAUAUACAUCACAAUGGAUAAAAAUGAUAAAUUGCAAAUAUUGAAGAAUGCUAUAAAGAGUUAUCCCGACUUUCCUGAGCCUGGAAUCAUUUUCCGGGACAUAUUUGCUGUGUUCCACAAUAUCACAGCAUUAAGGGCAUUGAAGGAUUUAAUCAUGGAGCAUAUUUUAUUUCUUGAAAUCGAUUUAGUUGUAGGACUGGACUCACGUGGUUUUCUAUUUGGUCCUAUGAUCUGUAUGGAAUUGGGCAAACCAUUCUUGCCCAUUAGAAAAAAAGGGAAACUUCCAGGCAAGGUCACUCAACAGAAAUAUGCAUUAGAGUAUGGUGAAGCCACAUUUGAGUUGCAAACAGAGUUUAUUAAGAAGGGAAGCAGAGUGCUUAUUGUUGAUGAUUUGCUGGCAACUGGAGGUACCAUGGCUGCUGCCGUGCAAUUAAUAAAAUCAACAGGAGCUGAUAUAAUUGAAUGCUUAGUGAUAAUGGAAGUGACUUCAUUAAAAGGCCGAGAUAAAAUUGGAGUCCCUGUUUAUUCUUUCAUAAAAUACGAUUGACAGAUGAUUUUUGCAUAGUAUUCUUGCAUGAUAUUUAUAAGUACAAACAUUUAGCAUGCAAACAUAUAAAAUCGUAAUAAUGCAAUAACAUGUAUUACCUCGUACAUUUUUGCCACAUUGUUUUUAGAAAAAUAGAGUUUUAAAAAACAGAUAUUUUCUUAUUAUAUAUUUAUAUGCAUGUACAAAAUUUUUAUAUUUUAUAUAGAAAUAUAAAAAAGGAUGCAAACAUAAAAAAAAUAAAA